UCAACCGCCUUUCUGUUUCUGUCACGUUCGAGGGGGAUAAGAAAACGUCAAAUGAACGUUCAUUCGCACGUUCAUUACUCCAUCUCAUCAUCAGUUGUUUAUUCACGAUUCUCCAGGGAAUUCCUUUUUACACCACGAAUAUCGGUCGGAAGCUGCUGUCCGCUUCCAAAAAUCGGCAAUCAAAGUGCCAAAAGGUUCCAAUCCAGCACUAUUGCAACCGCGGCUGCUGUCAUUUUCAUCGUGUGUAUCGCUUCAAAAUAGGUAAACAAAGCGAUUGUUGGUUUGCGGGUACGGAAUACUGUGCUGAUCAUUAUCAGAUUCGCCAUCUGCAUCGGUAUAAGUUAUCGCCAUGACGGAUUCAUUUUUCGGGUUUGACACCUCGCUUCCGGUGGAAGACGAUGGCGGCGGAGGAAUCGGCGGUGGUGGACCGGAAGAUUCCGAAGAGGAGUACGAUGCCCUGAACGACGAAACUUUCGGACAGGCGAAAGAAGGCGACUGGGAGGAGCUGCACGAAGAUUUGGUGCGGCUAGAUCAGCGCGAGGGAGGCGAUGGAGAUUCCGGGCCAGAUUCCGAUCUGGAUAUGAAUUUCUCCAGUGUAAGAAUAGACAAUUUGGAAAUGAACGACGACAACGAGUCGGAAGCGAGACUGCAGCUGGAUCCGAGUGUUUGGACUAUGCCUAGCAAGCCGGAAACACCAAAACCGUCAGUGAUUAUGCGACCGACCGCUGUGCAAUCGAAAGCCGGUCCUGGGAACGCUUUCAAUAAUUUUCCAAUAGCCAAUUCCAAUCAGAUGCGUAUAUGUUCGGUGGAAGAGAUAGAGCAGAGUAUGAAACAACAAGCUCAACUUAGGCUUCCGCCUCCGAACGGUCCACGCCAGGACCCUGGUCUGCAGCAGCCGUUCCUGCAAAACAUGGGCUUGCCGCGUCCUCCGCCUGGAUUUGGUGUUCCACCGAUGAUGGGCCAACCCCCGCUGACAAUUCCGGUUAAUUUUCCUCCACCAAUGAACAUCGCUCCGCCACCGCUUCAUCUGCUUCAAACUAAUGUUCCCCCGCCUGGAAGUGGCAUGCAGCCUCCUAUGUUUCCUCUUAACGUGCCUCCUCCAAACUAUCAGGAGCAGCAAAAUCACGCCAAUUUCAACCAACGUCUGGUGCAGGAGAUUCAGCAGAACCAUCCACUGCUGAGUCAACAUCGGCAACAUCACCAGCUGCAUCAGAAUCAGCAGAAUCGCUAUCAGCACAACAACCGGCAGAACCAUCACUACCAGCAUGGUUUACAGCAGCAGCAUAACCGGCACCAUAAUAGUAAAAUAAAUCGUUCCGGUGAAUACGAUGAGUACGCCAAUAUGAUGAGCGAGCGGGACAAGCAAUGGUUGCUGGGAAUUCAAUUGUCACAGCUAAACAAGGACACUCCGUAUUACAAUGACUAUUAUUUCUGUGUAUUCCGUGAACGUAAAGAACGACAAAAAAGUGAAAAUGAGCGGGAAAGCAAAGCGCACAAGGACAAUACUUUUUAUCAUCCAUUGACACAGCAAAUGCUCCAGCGGAACGGAUUAAUUGGCCGUGAGCGUAGAAAUUCCGAGAAAAGUCAGGAUAUAAAGGAGGUUCCGGCGAGGAACUAUACACCGUUACAGUUUGAAAAUUCACUCGGAAAGCUACAGUGCGGAAGUGUAACCGCACCCCGUAAAAUUAUUGACCAAGAUGUAGUUGCCGAAACAAGUACCAGCAGCGGUGCCGUUAUCAACUCCGAAGUUCUAUCUCAGAGAAAAUCGCGUCAAAUUCUGUUGCAUGUGGAGAGUUUGUACAAGAUUUUGCUGAAGAUGGAAGAUUUGGGUAACCCGAUGGCAAUCGAGGCGAAGCAGUUGCUGAAAGAGAAAAGAGAACGUGAACGGCAACUGGCACUUGAACGCGGUCAACAGGUUGACGAACAAAACAAUCUAACAGCUAAUGGAAUUGAUACUGAUCACGAGGACACUUUUGAAUCUUUACUAGAGAAACUUAUUGCAGGUCUUACACCGGAAGGUGUAUUGCAAGUUCUUUCGGUUCGAAAGGGAAAGCUUCUACUGAAACGUAUCCAAGUGGUACUGAAAGAUCAUUCAUUCCGUUGGAACCUCUGGUGCACAAUUCUUAACUCGCUUGCGAUGCUUCUCAACCGAGAACGCGACGACCCGGAAGAGCUGCUAACUCCGCUGUUUGUUCAACUGGAAAGUCACGUUAAAUACUCAACCGUUAACGAGUUGCUACCGCUGCUGGACACUUUCCUCAAUUCGGACAAACUUCUUUCGUUGAUUCCCAAGUGUAAAUUUCUCCUGACAACCGUUCUAACCUUCAUCGACCGAAUGGAGAAUUAUUAUUCCACGGAGGAAUCUGCCGGGCUUGCAUCGGAGGUAACCGAACGGUGGAAGGCCUUUCUGAAGGAGUUAUCGAAAGCCGUGUCCAGCGUCGGUGUAGGACCACAGAAAGUCCUGCUGAAGCUGGAUUCUGACUGUAAAAUUGUACAUACACUUAAGAUUCACUUCCAGCGGCAUUCGCAUCUGGACCUGGAGCUAAAACUACUGGCACUGGUUUCCAUCGAAGACAAAAAGUAAAUGCCGUAGAGUUUACCGAAGGUAUGAACCUAUUUGAUUAAUGUUUCCCCUUUUUAUAUUCUUUUUAUAUUUGUGUAAAAUUUUUCAAUGUUUUCUCGUUACUUACUGCGUCGCAGGCAAACAGUGUUGAAAACGAUGAAAACCAGUAGACUUUUUAGAAUUGAAAAUAGUGACUUUCAAAGUUUAGGUAGAAAAUGACAAUUGAUUAUGUACCCCCUAAUCCUGAAUUAUGUUUUAUUUUUGCUCCUCUGUCGUGCGCAGUUGACAGCUGUUUAAAUUCGAGUGUAAAUUGUUAAAGACAUACUGAAAUAUUGACGCUUGUUGCUGAUAAUUAUGGAUGUGAUCGAAAACAGAAAAGUUAGAAAUUCAAUUAAACAUUAUAUAUAUUUUUACGCGGCUGGUGCGCCGCCAUCGUGACACUUCUAGGUUUUUUCCCAUGCAAACAUAACCAGAAACGAGUUAAUUUUAUCCCUAACAAACCAACUUUAACCAUUAAGCAUAUCCAAUAUCUAUUAUUAAAAUUGAAAAAUUAAAAA